AUGAGAGGUUAUUUGGUUUCUUUGGGUUACAAUACUUGGAAGGCUAUGGAAACUAAGUAUGUUCUACAAGAAAAUGGUCUUAACAUUCCAAAUGAGAUUCAAGCUUAUGAAGAAAAUGAAAAGGCAAGGUAUGCUCUCUUCAAUGCAUUAUCAAAAAUUAAAUUAACUAAAGUUAUCUCUUUGAAUAUUGUUCAUGAGGUUUGGCAGAAGCUGAAAGACAUCUAUGAAGGGAAUGAGAGAGUCAAGCUGACAAAGAGGUUAAAAACUAAGAGAAGAUACAAAAACUUGAGGUUAGAAGGAGAAGACAUUGUAAGCUACUUUGAGAAAUUUUAUACUACAGUAAAUGAGAUCAGAGAACUUAGAGGCACCUUGAGUGAUGAAGAUGUGAUUGACAAAAUCCUAAUGACAUUACCAGUAAGCUAUAAUGAUAAGAACUCGAUGAUUGAAGAAACUUAUGAUCCAAAGAAAUUCAACAAAGAGCAGCUAUUUGGUUCCCUGACUGCAUUCAAAGUAAGGAUAUUUGGAAAGGAUAAAGACAAGUCAGAGACUGCAUUCAAGGCAUUUGAAGACAGUCUGAAUGAUGAAGAGAGCUUGGAUGAGGUGGAAGAAAACUUUAUGAGAAAAUUGAAGAAAGGAACUGACAAGUACAAAGAUGAUGAAUCAAACUAUGAGGAUAGUGAUUGCUUGUUUCUAGUAGAAAAUGAUAUUCCUAAGUUUGAUAUCUCUAAGAUUGUUGCUAAUAUAUUUCAUGCUAGAAGAGAUAAGAAUGAAUGGUUGAUUGACAAUAUGUGUGAAAGUGGAUACAAUGUUGUUUUUCAGGACAAUGGAUGUGAAGUCCAGAAGGAGUCUGAAAUGAUCAUUACAGCUGGAAGAAGGACAAAUGGAAAUAUGUACCAGUUGAAAGGAGCUACAAAACACUACUUGAUAUCACAACUUGAUGAUGACUGGCUAUGGCACUGA